AUGGCAAUUCAAGGUCCUGAAAUUAAGUUUGAUGGCUACAAUAUACUACUAAACGAGUGUGUUAAUAAAAGGGCUAUUAUGGAAGGCCAAAGGGUACAUGCCCACAUGAUCAAAACAUGUUAUUUACCACCUGUGUAUUUAAGUACCAGGCUUAUUGUUUUGUACGCAAAGUGUGAUUGUUUGAGUUAUGCAAGACACGUGUUUGACGAAAUGCGUGAGAGGAAUGUUGUUUCUUGGACUGCAAUGAUUUCAGGUUAUUCUCAGAGAGGUUUUGCACAUGAUGCGUUGCAUCUUUUUGUACAGAUGUUAAGAUCAGAUACGGAACCAAAUGAGUUCACUUUCGCCAGUGUGCUUACUUCUUGUACAGGUGUUUCAGGGUUUGAGCUGGGGAGGCAAAUUCAUUCUCUCAUAGUCAAGAGAAACUAUGAAUGCCAUAUGUUUGUUGGGAGCUCACUUCUUGAUAUGUAUGCCAAGGCUGGUAGAAUCUAUGAAGCUAGAGGAGUUUUUGAAUGCCUGCCUGAAAGAGAUGUUGUCUCCUGUACGGCGAUAGUCUCAGGCUAUGCUCAAUUAGGUCUUGAUGAAGAGGCAUUGGAACUAUUCCGCAGGUUGCAAAGGGAAGGAAUGAGUUCAAAUUAUGUUACCUACGCCAGUGUGUUAACUGCACUCUCUGGACUUGCAGCAUUGGAUCAUGGCAAACAAGUUCACACCCAUGUGCUUAGAUGUGAAUUGCCCUUUUAUUUAGUUCUCCAGAAUUCUCUGAUUGAUAUGUACUCAAAAUGUGGAAACCUUAAUUACGCAAGAAAGAUCUUUAAUAACAUGCCUGAGAGAACUGUUAUUUCAUGGAACGCAAUACUUGUGGGGUAUAGCAAGCAUGGUAAGGGAAAAGUGGUGGUUGAACUCUUCAAAUUAAUGAGAGAAGAAAAUAAAGUCAAACCGGACAGUGUCACUUUUCUGGCUGUUCUAUCUGGCUGCAGCCAUGGAGGAUUGGAAGAUAAAGGGCUGGAAAUCUUUGACGAGAUGAUGAAUGGGGGUGAUGGGGUUGAAGUAGGGAUUGAGCAUUAUGGGUGUGUUGUUGACUUGCUUGGGCGUGCUGGCCGAGUAGAAGAGGCUUUUGCAUUGAUCAAAAAGAUGCCUUUUGAACCUACCGCUGCUAUUUGGGGUUCACUUUUAGGUGCUUGUAGAGUUCAUUCAAAUACUAACAUUGGUGAAUUCGUAGGCCGCCGGCUUGUAGAAAUAGAGCCUGAAAAUGCUGGGAACUAUGUCAUUCUUUCAAAUUUGUAUGCUUCUACAGGGAGAUGGGAAGAUGUGAGAAACGUAAGGGAAUUGAUGAUGGAGAAGGCUGUGAUAAAGGAGCCUGGAAGAAGCUGGAUUGAACUUGACCAAACCCUCCAUACCUUUUACGCAAGCGAUCGUUCCCAUCCAAGGAGGGAAGAGGUACAUUCGGAAGUAAGGGAAUUGUUGGUGAAAUUCAAGGAAGCUGGCUAUGUUCCUGACCAGAGUUGCGUUUUAUAUGAUGUGGAUGAGGAGCAAAAGGAGAAAAUACUUCUAGGCCAUAGUGAGAAGCUGGCUUUGGCUUUUGGACUAAUCGCUUCUUCUGAGGGAGUCCCACUUCGCGUAAUAAAAAACCUCCGGAUUUGUGUUGAUUGCCACAAUUUUGCCAAAUUUGUAUCUAAGAUUCAUGGAAGACAAGUGUCUAUAAGGGAUAAAAACCGGUUCCACCACAUUGUUGGGGGAAUUUGUUCAUGUGGUGACUAUUGGAGAACAGGACUGAGGGUAACCGGAUGCAAAAUGGCUUGCUUCGCAAUCACAGCUAUUCUCCUUCCUGUUCAGAGAUGGCUUUCAGCCGCUGUAGAACUUCAGAUAUAA